AUGGCUGCCGAUAGCGCGCCGGUGAUGGAAGAUGCAGCAUCGACAGAGCAGGUGCUGCCCGUCCUGCUGGGACGCAAGCCCGAGGCGGAUGUGGAGAUGGGCAAGGUCGGAGCAGAGGAUGCGAAAGCCCUCACCGUGAAGGCACGCCAAGAGAGCGCCAGCCUCACCACAAACUUGAAGUACUGUGAGAAGAUCGUUUUGGGCGUCGGGGUUUUGUUCGCCCUGGCUGCUGGAGUUUCAACACCAGCCAUAGCUAUGUUCACGGCAGACAGCAUCCAAACGCUCACGAUCGCGGGGACGGACAAGGAGCACAUGCUGGACAGCAUGGCCCCGACUCUCGUCAAGAUCGGGGUCCUUGCGGUCUUGCAGUUCGUGUUCGCGUUUGGAUGGCAAACCUGCCUGGCAUGGGCCGCGGCGAAGCAGGCAAUUCGUUGGCACAAGGGCUUCCUCGAGGUCUUGUUCUGCUUGGAUGUAAGCUGGUUUGACGAGCACGAACCGGCGGGCGUGGCUGCCCGACUGGAGACCGACAUCGCAAAUGUCUACAUGUUCAUGUCCACGGCGCUUGGGUACCUCAUCUCGAGCAUUGGCCAGUUCGUGGCGGGCUUGUCGCUGGCCUUCGCCACCGGUUGGCAGCUGUCGUUGGUGGUCUGCGCCACGAUUCCCAUCCUCGUCUUUGUGGGGCAUCGCAUGGGCAAGGCCAUCGAGCAGCAGUUCUAUCUCCAGCAGGCGGAUUUUGCCCGAGCCUCCGCUGUGGCAGAGGAGUCCCUGAUGGCCAUCCGCACCGUUGCUGCCUUCGGGGCCGAGAAAACCGAGUCGGCCCGCUUCGAGAAGGAGCUUCUCUCGGCAAAGUUGGGUGGAAUUCGCUCCGGAGUCAAAAUCGGCGGCGCCUGGGGUGCCCUGAACUUCUUUUAUUCCUGCCUCUAUGGCCUCUCGCUUUGGUUCGGUGGCCACGUGCUCCUCUCGGACAAGGAUGCCGGCUUCGAUCCCAGCGAUAUCGUCACCGUGAUGAUCGCCAUGAUGGUGGGCGUGUCAGGGCUCAGCUCUUUCAGCGGUUUCGCGCCGAUGAUGGCCAAAGCCUACGUCUCGGCCAAGGCGAUGAAGGAGGUGAUGACAGCAGAUGCACGCAGCAUCGAGCAGCCGCUCUACACCCAGCAGCCGCUCCCCGAAGAUCUGAGCACCGUGGAGACUCUGGAGUUUCGGAAUGUGAGCUUCAAAUACCCGACUAGACCGGACAAGUUGGUCCUGAGCAACUUCAACUUCCGGGUGCUAAAUGGCCAAAAGAUCGCCUUCGCCGGCGAGAGUGGAUGUGGGAAGAGCACCACGAUCCAGCUGCUGGAGCGCUUCUACGAUCCAUGUGCUGGCGAGGUUAUGGUGAAUGGGAUGAACCUGAGCCAGGUGCCCGUGAAGGCUUGGCGCAAGCUGAUCGGGUACGUUGGGCAGGAGCCGGUGCUCUUCGCCACCAGCGUCAUGUCGAACCUGAAGGCUGGGGACCAGUCCAUCAGCGAUGAGCAAGUUUACGAGGCAGCCAAGGCUGCGCAGAUCUAUGAGACCCUGAUCAAGCUGCCGGAGGGCUUCGACAGUUUCGUCGGAUCUGGAGGUGGGAUGCUGUCGGGAGGCCAGCGCCAGCGUGUUGCGAUUGCUCGCGCUCUGGCCAAGAAUCCACAGAUCCUGUUGCUGGACGAGGCCACCUCUGCCUUGGACAACGAGUCCGAACGAAAGGUGCAGGCGACCUUGGACGGCCUGAGCUCUGUGAUGGGCCGAAGCAUCACCACCAUCUCCAUCGCGCAUAGGCUCACCACCAUCAAGGGCUCGGACGUGAUCUACGUGCUCAAGGACGGCCGUUGCUGCGAGCAGGGUUCGCAUGAAGAGCUCAUGGAGAGGCAGGGCGAGUACUACAGCAUGGCCAAGUUGCAGCAGGCCCACGCUGAGGAGCCCGAGGAGGAGACGACGAUGACCCCCGCGCCGGCUCCGCGGGCUGGCACACGGUUUGGCAUGCAGAAAUCGAUGUCGAUGCUGCGCCGCAGCGGCUCAGUGCUCAGCUUUUUGGAAGGGGCCUUCGACAUGAUGGAUGGGGACCUACGAGAAACGCCCCGCAUCUGGGGCAGACUCUUCGGGCUCAUGAGGCUUUACUGGUGGGUCUGGCCAAUUGCCUUUGUGAUCAUCGUGGCAGAAGCGGCCGGCGCGCCUCUCGAGGCCAUCUUCUUCAAUGGCGCCAUCAUGUCACUCUUCGAAAGCGUCACGGAGGGCCUGGAUGCCAUGUACCCCAAGCUGGACCAGGCGGUCCUGUGCCUGCUGCUCGUCGGUCUCGGCUCGGGCGUGGCCACGCUGUGUCAGAAUGCCCUCUUCACCUACCUGCAGGAGUGCUUGUGCAUGAUCCUGCGAAAGAUGGCCUUCGCGUCCACCAUCAAGAUGGACAUGGAGUUCUUUGAUGCCCCGGAGAACCAGACGGGGAGCAUCCUGGUGUCCUUGGAGAGGCACAUGAACCGUGUUGGGCAGAUGCUGGGCAUCCAGCUUGGCAACUCCACCGGCGCCAUCUUCACCUGCCUCAUCAGCAUUGGCUUGAGCUUCUCCGGAUCCUGGGUGCUGGCCUUGAUUCUCCUUGCCUUGAUGCCCAUCUGUGGGGCGCUGGGCUUGGCCGUGGCCUCCUGCGCCGCCCGCGUGGAGCAAAAGGGGGAGGAUGCCUACGGCAAGUCGGGGAAGGGGACGGCUGAAGCAGCGACGGCCAUUCGAACCGUGAGGGCACUGGGAGCCGAGGAGCACACCUUGGAAAUCAUCAACGAGUCCUUGGAUGUCCUCACCGAGGUGAACACGACGAAGUCCUGGAAGCUGGGGGUAUCCCUGGGCCUGAACAUGUGCAUGAUCCAGGUCAUCUAUCUGGCAGGAUUCGGGAUGAGUGCCGCCUGCAUUCAGUACUGGAAUUUCGAUGCCCAUCAGGUGCUUAGGACUCUCUUUUGCGUCGUCUUUGGCGUCAUGUCGGUGAGUUCCAUCGUGCAGUACAUCCCUGACUCCGCCUCCGGCCACCAUGCGGCCAUGGAGGUCUUCCGCCUCAUCGACCAGGUCUCCAAGAUCGAUGCCACAGAGCCGACCGGACACAUCGAGAGCAUCGGAGACGGCUCCAUUGAGUUCAAGGAUGUCUACUUCCGGUACCCCCACCGGCCCGACGCGAAAGUGCUCCAGAAGCUCAACUUCACCAUUGAGAAAGGUCAGGCAGUCGCCCUGGUAGGCUUCUCCGGCAGUGGCAAGUCCACCGUGAUCCAGCUACUUCAGCGAUUCUACGACCCGCAAGUGGGUUCCAUCCAAGUCGGCGGCCAGAACUUGCGGGACUUCAACGUGGCAUUCUGGCGCAAGCAGAUCGGCAUGGUAGGACAGGAGCCGGUGCUCUUUGAUGUCACCUUGGAGGAGAACGUGAGGUAUGGCUUUCCUGAGGCCACAGAUGAGCAGGUGAAGGAUGCAGCUAGAGCGGCGAACAUGGACUAUGUCUUCACGGGAUCUGUGAAGUGGAGCGACCGAGUCGGGCUUCGAGGAGAGAAGUUGUCCGGUGGCCAGAAACAGCGCUGUGCCAUUGCCAGGGCUCUCCUGCGUCAGCCGCAGUUCAUGCUUCUGGAUGAGGCGACGAGUGCCCUGGACUCUACGUCCGAGCGCCUAGUGCAACAGGCGAUGCAGGAGGCCAGGGUGGGGAAGACCACGAUCACGGUGGCUCACCGCCUCUCCACGAUUCAGAACUCGGACUAG